ACAUUCGCUUUGUACGUAAAACACGAAACAGUUUUGUCAGUUAACCAGAAAUGAACACGCUCCCUUCUCCUCCUCCUCCUCCAUCUUCUUCUUCUUCCUCUCCGAAUUUCACUCUCUUCACUCAGUCCAAGAACCCCAACUACUUCUUCAAAUUCACCCUCAAAGUACCCGUUUUACCCUUCCACUCUUCCCCUUCCCAUCUCACUGCACCUGCACCAAGUUGCUCUCUCAGGGACUCAUCCUCCUCAUCAACCACAGUGCUGGAAAAAAAUGCCCUUUCCUCCGAACAGAGUUCCCUCAAUGCCGUUUCACCAAAAGACUCAAACUUUGAGGGAGCGCUCGUGGUUCGCCGGCCGGUGAUGGAGUUUUCCGGCAAAGAAUCCGAUGAUGAGGAAGAAGGGAAAGGGACAAAGGAUGAUGACCCGAAAGCUUUAGCAAUUGAUUCCGGGCUCACUAAAUUUGCAAAGAAGAUGCCGAUUUUUGAGCCGGAGAGGAUUGAAUCAGAUUCCAAAGAGAAGCCCCUGACUGUGAAUUUGGACCUGGCGUUAUAUAAGGCAAAGGUCUUAGCUAGAAAAUUUCAGUUUGAAGGAGCAGAAGCUAUACUUCAGAAGUGUAUAAGCUAUUGGCCUGAAGAUGGUCGACCUUAUGUGGCACUUGGGAAGAUUUUGAGCAAGCAAUCCAAAACAGAUCAAGCCAGAGAGAUAUACGAGAAGGGUUGCCAGGCUACUCAGGGUGAAAACGCAUACAUUUGGCAGUGCUGGGCUGUUCUUGAAAAGAAAAUGGGAAAUGUCAGGAGAGCUAGAGAAUUAUUUGAUGCUGCCACGGUUGCUGAUAAGAGGCAUGUUGCUGCUUGGCAUGGAUGGGCAGUUCUAGAGUUAAAGCAGGGAAAUAUAAAGAAGGCAAGGAAUCUGCUUGCCAAAGGUCUUAAAUAUUGUGGACGGAAUGAGUACAUAUACCAAACACUUGCAUUGCUUGAAGCUAGAGCAAAUAGAUAUCAGCAGGCUCGAUAUUUAUUCAAUCAGGCCACUACAUGUAAUCCUAACAGCUGUGCUAGUUGGCUUGCUUGGGCACAAAUGGAGGUGGAACAGGAAAAUCACCGUGGUGCUAGGAAAUUGUUUGAGAAAGCAGUGCAGGCAAGUCCUAAAAAUAGGUUUGCUUGGCAUGUAUGGGGUGUUUUUGAAGCUAACGUGGGCAACAUUGACAAGGGAAGAAAACUUCUAAAGAUAGGCCAUGCUCUAAAUCCGAGGGAUGCUGUUCUCCUUCAGUCUCUUGCAUUAUUAGAAUACAAACACUCAACUGCAAACAUCGCCCGGGUUUUGUUCAGGAAAGCAUCGGAAUUGGAUCCAAGACAUCAACCUGUUUGGUUUGCAUGGGGUUGGAUGGAAUGGAAGGAAGGAAACUUGAAUACAGCUAGAGAAUUGUACCAAAAAGCUUUAUCAAUUGAUUCAAAGAGUGAAACUGCUGCCAGGUGUCUCCAGGCUUGGGGUGUUCUCGAACAGAGGGUUGGUAAUCUUUCAGCUGCCCGCAGAUUGUUUAGAUCCUCGUUGAAUAUAAAUUCUCAGAGUUAUGUGACAUGGAUGACCUGGGCAUCACUGGAGGAAGAUCAAGGAAAUUCUGUGCGUGCUGAAGAGAUCCGUGACCUCUAUUUCCAGCAGCGGACGGAAGUUGUAGAUGAUGCUUCAUGGGUUAUGGGAUUCUUAGAUAUUUUAGACCCUGCCAUUGACAGUUUGAAGAGACUCCUCAAGCUGGACCCAAAUUCGUACAACAUGCCACCGGAUUUUUUGAGAAAUAUUGCCGGAACAAUUUCAAACAGGGUUGAUUUUUCUAGUCGCAAUGAUGAUAAUGAUGUGGAUGGUGAAAGUGACUUUGAUUUGGAUGCUUUCAUUGUGGAAAGGUUAUCCUUAGAUUCGUCCAAUCUGGAAGUUCAGUUGGGAACACCAAAAAUUUCUUCCGUGAAGAAAAGUUUGUCUCCUAGAAGGAUAUGGCGAUCAAAUAAUAGAAUUGGCAAAGUGUAAGUGCACAGCAUAAGUGUCUAUGUAGUUUAGGGUUGGGCCUUUAGUAGCUAUACAGAUUGGUGUCUUGUAAAAUUUGCUUUGACUAUAGUAUGACGAUAGCAUAAGAGAUGUCUUGCCUUAUGUUGAUAACAGAGCACUAUAAGAAAUGACUUUUAAUGAAAACAAAGUAUACUAAUGACUAACAGCAUUGAAUUUGUCUUUGAGGAAAAAGCUUCUUUAAAUA